AUUACAUUAGCUACCAUGACGUGCUAUUUAGGAACAGAAUCAUCUAAAUGUGACAGAAAGCUAUUGACAGUUACCUACGUCCAACAGCCAGAAGAAAAAGAUGGCCCCUGUAAGUACAGCCAAGUGGUGGGGGAUGAAGGUAUGGAGAUGAUCCCUAGAUGGGCCUGGCAGGCACCUCCCAUACCAGAGACUCCAGUACUACCAACCCCUGCAACUCUGGUGCGCAUAACAAUAACAGGUGGCCAACCUUGCAAAACAUUCGACAAAUGCUGCAAGGCACUCAAGAAGAUCAGAACUGUGACGAAGAGGCAGAAAGGGAUCGACGAUGUUCCUUUCAAUUUUAUGAUUGGAGCCGAUGGUCGAGUCUACGAAGGAAGGGGGUGGACGUUAGAACCCCAUAGAGACAGGUUAUUCGCUCCAGAGCUCAUGGGAAAUUAUUUGGAGUUUGCAUUCAUUGGAAAAUACGACAGCAAACACAAGGAGCCGUGGGCCUGUCGUGGUACAGCAAGUAUGCUGCUAAGAUAUGGAGUAAAGAUGGGCUUCAUACACCCAGAAUACCACGCUGAAUAUGACUACCAAGACAAGGUGUUCGACUACUUCAGAAAGCCAAGAAAGCUCAAUAGAUGGUUUAGACCUCACACGACAAGAUAAAAACACGACAUUUAAACUUAAAAUUUAAAUACUAUUUUAUUUCAAAGCCAUCCAGCGAGUUGGAAGAAAAAGACAUUCUCUAAGAAUAUACAAACCUUCAAAUAUGUACCUGCAAGUUAUUGUUUUAAGAAAGGGUGGUUGUGGGGGUUUUGCUUUAUACAUGUUUAUUAAAAACAAUUGAAGAAAUA